CUUUCAUAUUUUUUAUGUAUAAAAUUAUCAUUGAUCAUUCUACUGCAAUGACUAGCAUUUUCAAGCAUAAUUGUUUUGUUUUCUAACCUCUUUAUGAAUAUAAGAAGCCACGCUUUUUUAAGUUUUCAUUGUGAAUUAACAUGAUCAAUAAAAAAAUUACUCCUCCCCUCGUUAUGUGGGCGCAGAAAUCUGGACAAGUCUUUCUUACGUUUUGUUUAGAAGACUGUAAAAAUCCUACAGUCAAAAUAGAUCCCGAAAAAAUAUACUUCAAAGGUGUUGGAGGAACGGAGAAAAAAGAACAUGAAGUAACUAUUAAUUUUUAUGGAGAAAUAGAUCCAGAAACUUCAGUUCAAAAUUCAAAAGGAAGACUAUAUGAAGUAACGCUUACAAAAAAAGAAUUCGGACCUUUUUGGCCAAGAUUAACUAAAGAAGAACAAAAAUUCCAUUGGCUUAAGAUUGAUUUUAAUAAAUAUAAUGACGAAGAGGAUUCAAGCAGUGAUGGUGAACGUUCACAAGACUUUGAAAAGAACCUUAAGGACUUCGCCUACUUUAAUAACCAAGAAGAAUCAAAGCCAGACUUUGGUGAUUUUGAUGAAGAUAAUGAUCGUGACAGUGAUGAUGAUAAUCUACCUGAUCUUGAAUAAAUAAAAAACCAAAAAAAUAUUUCGA